AUGACUCCGCCCACCAGAAGCAGUCCGGUGAUGAAGGUGAACCAGCCCCGCCCCUCCCCGGAUCCUCCACACGAACCUCCGAGCAGGGAUCAGAGCUCGGCUGGCUCCGCCUUCUUCUUCAGGUGUCACGUCUGCGGCUUUGAGACCGAAGGCCACGCCCUCUUCCAGAGUCACAUGACGGAGCACCGCCCGUGGGAGCACGGCUCCUUCUCCCUGCACUGCUGCACCUGUGAGCUCUCCACCAAUCAGGAGGCGGAGAUGAGGGCUCACGUGGAGACGCACCUUCAGGGCGACAGCAGAGAGACGAGCUGCCCCGGCGCCCGUCCCGCAGCCGCCGCCGCAGCCUCUGGCUGCACGCUGGCAGUUGCCGUGGCAACCCAACCCGAGAAGAGCACCUCCGAGCAUCGCUGCCGCAUCUGCCAGAGGUCGUUUCCAGGGCAACAGGAGCUGCUGGUUCACUUCCAGGGCCAUCGCCAGGGCAACCAGUACCGCUGCGACCGCUGCGGUCACCUGACGCGCACCGCCAACAAGCUGGUGGAGCACGUGCGCGUGCACACGGGCGAGCGGCCCUUCACCUGCGACCUCUGCCCGUACAGCGCCAAGCGCAGGGACAGCCUGCGGCUGCACCGCAAGGUCAAGCACGGCGCCGCCAUCGGCGCCGCUGCCGCCGCCGCCGGGCAGCACGUGCACACGCACCGCUCCUACGUGCACGGAGACAGUCAGCGCUUGAACAAACACGUGCAGCGGCUGCACACGCCGCCCUGCGCCUCCUCCAAGCCUCCGCCUCACCCCUCGCUCCCCGGAUGGAGGGAGUUAUCGCCGCUCCUGCCCAUCACCACGCUCCUUUGGUGGGGGUGA